GACAGAACAGUCAGUGCAGGGAAUCUGACAGAAUGAAAUUCUUCCUAUUUACCGUGAGCACCGCCCUCUUGUGCUCCCACGCCCUCGCUGCGAGCAGCUACUUGGGACUUGCCCACGGGACGCCACUCGGAGGAUUUUCGCAACACGGUUUCAUCCCCGGUGGUCUUUAUAACAACGGUGCAUCCCUUGUCAACCACGGACUACCACUGGGACAUUUACCAGGACCCAGAUACGGAAAAUAUGGAGGCUACUUGGAUUUCGCAUACGGCACUGGUGCACAUUUUGGAAAUCCAUACGGAAAAGCAAGCUUUCUUAAAUAUUUAUACGGAAACCGCCUAGGUCUUGCCAACUCGUACGGCGCUCUACCAAAUGUUAGAGUCGGUGGAGUUAGCGAGGCUGAGGAUGAAAGAUCGUCUGGCUCUGGGUCCAUCAAUCAAAAUGUGGAUUCCACUCGAACUGGAAUUCGUGGUUUACAUUCCAGUCCCAUUGCUGGCUUGGGUGGCUUCUCUUCCGCUCUUCUUCCUCACACUUCCAGUGUUGCUUUAGGAACAUACCCUUAUGCUCUUGGUCCUCACACUUCCAUUGCUGGUUUUGGAGGAUUCCCUUAUGGUGCUGGACAUCACAGCUCUGUUGCUGCUGUUAGUGGAAUCCUCCCUAAUGUUGGAGCUGCAGGCGCAUUCCCUUAUGGUCUUCAGCCUCACACUCCUAUUGAUUAUUUAGCUGGAUUCCCUUAUGGUGUUGGACCUCACUCUCCCCUUGCUGGUUCAACUGGAUUCCACGCAGGUCUUGGGCCUCACACUUCGGUAGCAGGUGUGGGUGGACUGUCUCCUUAUCUUGGUCCGUACGCUGCUGGUGCUGGUUUUAGCAGACGCAACGCCGCUUUUGGACAAAAUACCCCCAACGCAGCCAACAUGUCUUCAGGGAACAAGGAAGCACAGAACGAGUGACCAGUUAAGACAGAAGAUAUAUGUGUGAGAAUAAAAUGACUUCCAA